GCAGCACCCCAGGAGCCCCCUGCCCGGCUCCCCAAGGCAGGCGGUGGACUCAGCCAAGCCCCUGGACGCACCAUGCGCGGCACCACGCUGCUAGCCCUGCUGGCGCUGGUCCUCCUGUACUUGGUGUCGGGCGCCCUGGUGUUCCAGGCCCUAGAGCAACCCCAUGAACAGCAAGCCCAGAGAGAGCUGGGGGAGGUCCGGGAGAAGUUCCUGAGGGCCCACCCCUGUGUCAGCGACCAGGAGCUGGGGCACUUCAUCAAGGAGGUGGCUGAUGCCCUGGGAGGGGGUGCCGACCCCGAAACCAACUCAACCAGUAACAGCAGCCACUCCGCCUGGAACCUGGGCAGCGCCUUCUUUUUCUCUGGCACUAUCAUCACCACCAUCGGCUAUGGCAACGCGGCGCUGCGCACUGACGCGGGGCGCCUGUUCUGCAUCUUUUACGCGCUGGUGGGGAUCCCUCUGUUCGGGAUCUUGCUGGCGGGGGUCGGGGACCGCCUGGGCUCUUCCCUGCGUCGCGGCAUCGGCCACAUCGAAGCCAUUUUCUUGAAGUGGCACGUGCCCCCGGAGCUGGUGCGGGUGCUGUCCGCGGUGCUCUUCCUCGUGAUUGGCUGCCUACUCUUUGUCCUCGCGCCCAUGUUCGUGUUCUGCUAUGUGGAGGGCUGGAGCAAGCUAGAGGCCAUUUACUUCGUCAUAGUGACGCUUACCACAGUGGGCUUCGGCGACUACGUGGCUGGUGCUGACCCCAAGCAGGACACGCCGGCCUACCAGCCACUGGUGUGGUUCUGGAUCCUGCUGGGCCUGGCUUACUUCGCCUCUGUGCUUACCACCAUCGGGAACUGGUUGCGCGUGGUGUCCCGCCGCACCCGGGCCGAGAUGGGCGGUCUCACGGCGCAGGCCGCCAGCUGGACUGGCACUGUGACGGCCCGGGUGACCCAGAGAGCUGGGCCCAUGGCGCUUCCCCUAGAGAAGGAGGGCUCGCCCCUGCCUCCGCUGCCAGCCCCUGCGCUGCCCGCCGUCCAGCCUCGACCCCCAGAGUCCUCCGAGAAGGCCGAACCGCCGUCCCCGCCCACAGGCUCUGCUCUGGACUACCCCAGCGAGAACCUGGCCUUCAUCGACGAGUCCUCGGACACGCAGAGCGAGCGCGGCUGUGCGCUGCCCCGCACAUCCCGGGGCCGCCGCCCCGCAAACCCCCCCAGGAAGCCUGCGCGCCCCCGGGACCCUGGGCGCCCCCGGGACAAAAGCAAGCCCUUGUAGGUGGGAUGGGGGGCAGGGGUACGGCCCUUCCCUGCUCUCCUCAGGCAUGGCCCGC